GUGAUCGGGUGGGAGUUCACUGGGCAAAUAUAACCUGUUUAGAGAGUGCUCUUAAAUCGAGGUGAGGAGAACCUGGCUGGCUGUGUGCAGGGAGGGCACUGCUACCUCUUACAUGCAGCAAAGCCUUUUGACUUUGACAGCAAACAGCUUCUACAGGUCUGACGGAUGAGCAGAAAGAAUUUCAGAAGGUGGCGUUCGAUUUUGCUGCCAAUGAAAUGGCACCACAUAUGGCAGAGUGGGACCAAAAUGAAAUCUUCCCAGUGGAAACCAUGCGAAAAGCUGCACAGCUGGGAUUUGGAGGGAUUUACGUGCGUCCAGAGGUGGGGGGCUCCGGGCUGUCUCGGCUUGACACCUCGAUCAUCUUUGAAGCCUUGUCUACAGGUUGCACCAGUACCACCGCCUACAUCAGCAUUCACAACAUGUGUGCCUGGAUGAUUGACACAUUCGGUAGUAACGAGCUGAGAGAGAAGUUCUGUCCUGAUCUCUGCUCCAUGGAGAAGUUCGCCUCCUACUGUCUGACAGAACCUGGUAGUGGCAGUGAUGCAGCAUCACUUUUAACCAGCGCAAAGCUACAGGGAGACCAUUAUGUCCUAAACGGCUCUAAGGCUUUCAUCAGCGGAGGAGGAGACACAGACGUGUAUGUAGUGAUGUGUCGUACUGGUGGGAAGGGUCCUAAAGGGAUCUCCUGUGUGGUGGUGGAGAAGGGAACUCCAGGACUCAGUUUUGGUAAAAAGGAGAAGAAGGUGGGUUGGAACUCCCAGCCGACGAGAGCCGUUAUAUUUGAGGACUGCGCAGUCCCAGUGACCAACCGACUGGGAUCAGAAGGGCAGGGCUUUAAUAUUGCCAUGAAAGGCCUUAAUGGGGGCAGAAUUAACAUUGCGUCCUGCUCUCUUGGAGCAGCUCAUGCAUCUGUUCUUCUGGCUCGAGAUCAUAUAAGUGUACGCAAACAGUUUGGAGAAACUCUUUCAAAUAGCCAGUUCCUGCAGUUUAAGUUGGCCGAGAUGGCCACCAGGCUGGUAGCAUCGCGAUUGCUGGUCCGGCAGGCAGCUUUGGCUCUGCAGGAGGACAGGCCGGACGCCGUCUCGCUCUGCUCUAUGGCCAAGCUCUUUGCCACUGAUGAGUGCUUUUCAAUAUGUAACCAGGCUCUACAGAUGCACGGGGGCUAUGGCUACCUUAAGGACUAUGCAGUGCAGCAGUUUGUUAGAGAUAUAAGAGUACAUCAGAUAUUGGAAGGUACCAAUGAAGUGAUGAGGAUGAUCAUUGCCAGGGAUUUAUUGACAGAGUCUUGAUUAUCUUAGGACUCCAAGCACAGAACGGACUCUCUCACACUGGUGCUGGGCUCUUGUGUACAACACUAACCACAUCUUCAUCAGUAUUCAGUCUGAUGGUUUCUCAGUCUGUAGUUAUAGUUAGGUCUCUAAAUCGUGCUUUUAUUGUAUAUUCCAUGAACUGAUAAGAAAUUCCUGAUGAAUACAAUUUGGCAUAGAGAUUAUAUAUUUGAUUUCAAUCUGGUAUCUUUCUUUUUCUUUCAUAAUGUCUCAUUGUUGGAGUACUUUGUGGAACCCAUUGACCUUGGAUGCCUUGUUUGUCCUUCUGUAAAUAUGUAUGGGAACAGAGGAGAAAAGAAUAUUGGGCAUAUAGGUAUGUAUAGUAUUGGCCUGUAAGGAUAUGAGAAACAUGAACAGACUACAUUUGUGUGUUUUCAAGGCAGCAAUACAAAUAAGCUACAUUUUCCUCUGCUUAUAGUAUAUUGUGCCUGUUAAUAAAAACCCUCCUGUUGUACUUUGUGAAAGGUCAGGACAGAUACUGCCUUUUGAUGCACAAGUGAAAGUAUAUAGACUUCAGAAUGUGCUAGCUUUAAGAUUUGCAGUACAUGUGGUGAGUGCAAUUAAGGGGUCCAAGCACUGCAAUACAGUAGUGAAAUACUUCUGUGGAAGCACUCGCUAUUUGCUGACUGAGGAUCCAGCAUAAUAAUGUGUAGUGAUACUGUAACUGAGUGUUUGUACCGCAUAGAAAGGAAAAGGUUUGAUUUAUAGUUCAAUUCCAACCUCUUUGUUUUAUGUCCCUUCUGGCUAGUAAUCUAAAACUCAGCUUUGGGCCUAUUUAGUUUUAACAAAUUAAAGUUGGAUUUUUCACCAACUCUGUUUCUUCAGUGUUACUCAGCUUUGAUUUCCAAGAACCACCACCAAAUUUCCAUUAAUUAAAUAUUUUUUGGAGUAUGUGGGUUUUGGGAAGGUUACAUGCUUAUUUCUGAAAAAGUAAAAGGACAAUUGUGUACAUGGGAGAAUGUAAAAAAGUAAUUAAAUUCUCCAGUCAUGCAUUUCACAAUUAAACACAAGUUUGAAAAUAAAACACAAAA